UCGAUAACCCUAGACUCCGCCGGUUUCUCCCCUGCUGAUACUGACCUGACCUGGUCGACACGGCCUCGAUCACCUUACAACUACAGCUUCAACUCCACAGACUGCCUUGGACCAUCGACCUUGUGGCCUGACACUUUGUUCUUUGCUCCUGAAUCACCAGCCCAACCGGUGUUCAAAGUUGUACCUGUACAGUGCUAGCGCCCCGAUCAGAGAGACUCUAUACCCGUAAACACCAGCGUCUGUUACCGGCAUAACGGGUUUUCACCAAUUGAAGCGUGGCGAUUGUCUCGAAACGAAUGUUCUGAAGCCCCUCGACCCAACCCCGUUCAACCAGCAAAACAAACCCAAGUCAGAAAGGCUCCACGGAAACAAGGUCCGGCGCUUGACACCAUGCCGUUCCGUGCGGCUUACAGGCAACAUGAUGGCUCUCAUGACUUUCUUAAGCAGCACACAUUCCACGGGGGCCACGGUGGCCAGCCCCAGUUGGCCAUUGUUGAUCCCGACCUGGACUCAGUCGAUUACCACGGGUGGCAUGAGAUGGACUUUACCACCACGCCCCUCAAUGCCACAACCACCACUGGCAACCCAGUACCUCCGCAAAAGUACUCGAUCAACAUGAUGGACACUACCGACGACGUGAACUCGUCGUUGGCCUACAGCGUGAGAUCUUCGGGUCAUCGUCAGAACUCGACCGCUUCCAUUACCUCGGGCUCUGCUCACCAGCAAUCUCCCGGGGUAACCAGUACUCUCUCAGGAGACAUCUACGGUGCCGUCGGACCCUUUUCCUACUCACAACUCCUCAACAUGGACGCAGAGAUGUCGCCCAUGGACCAGUCCGGCCGUGACUCCAACAUGAUGACCGACGACAAAAGCCCAAACAGCAACACGUUAUCCGGGUCUGAUGCCCUCAACACCUCUCCGCCCAUUGCCUCUUUGAACCCAACUGCCAUUUCUUUAUCGUCUUCCAAAAUCGAUCCGGCCGAAAAAUUGUGUCCGUUAAUAGCAGGACAAGUCGACAGCUGCCAACCGAAUCGAUGCGGACCGGAUGCGCCAUGCAUGAACUUCACGACAUUGCCUCCGAUCGAAGAAUGCACGUCAGUACCAUGCAUCACUCAAUCAUCGUCGCCCAACGAGACCAUGAUUACCAGUGAAAGUGUCUCUGUCGUCUCAUUACACCAACGACCCAGCAUGUCCUCGAGAACCAGCACCGCUACGACCGUUCCUUCUCUUCGUCGAUCUUCCGCCUCCUCAUCCACCGAUAACAACAGCAACAUCAAUUCCACUCCAAUCCAAUCUGUCCCACUACCUCCGCGGCGGUCCACAACUGCACGACGCCGGGGCCCUGCCGCACGAAACAAUACUGCUACAACAACUACAAGCAGUACAGCCACGACAAUGGUUGGCUCAGAUGACGAAGAGGAUGAGCAACAGACAACAACGACGAAAUCCACGGCUCCGUCCAAAGCAGACGCCAAGCAACGGGCCAAACAGGCCCAUUCGCUCGUGGAGAAGAAAUACCGCGAAAACCUCAAUGCCAAAAUCGCCCAGCUGCAUAACACACUACAGUCGUCACAUUAUGGACCGAAAACGGGCGAGGAAGGCGAGAGCGACGGUGCGCCCGCCAACAUCAUACCGGCCUCCAAAGUGCGCAAGAGUGAUGUCUUGACCGAGGCCAUGAACUAUGUCAACCAGACCGAAGUCGAGAUGCGACAUAUGGAGAAUGAAAUUCAAAGGUUGAGUGAGCGGGUUCGUGUGCUUGAGAAGUUGGUCAGGUGUGAAGACUGCAGUUUGCUCAAGCAGAUGGUUAAUCUGCAGGUUCAAGCUGUAUGAUAAUAACAAAUAUGAAAGAGAGGGUUACAAAAUCGAAAAGCUUGAAAGUGACAACGACACUGGGGACUCGAAAUGGAACUCGAAACUGAAACGUUAUCCGAGAAUCUGAGGGUACAACCUCCCAACUCGAUCGAGCAACUGAGCGAGCUCGAGUAGCGACACCCUGAAGCGAGACUGUCGUUCAAACGUCAUAUCUAUUCCUGACAAUGUCUCGGCGCUACAUCACAAUCACAAUUUCACACACCCGCGCCAUACGGUUCUUACCCUACCAUACCAUACUCAUGACGAGCGGGAUGCUUUCUUGCUGUUCUUUUUGGCGUUGUUGUCGCCUGGUCGCCUGGCAAGGCGUGGCGUUUGAAAGGGUACAUACCCAUGGCGUAUAUUAUAUCAAGGACAGGACAGGGAUCCAAGUCAGGCGUAUUUUCCUUGGCUAAAAAGGAUUGGGAGGGCGAAGGAAGGGAAUGAAUACUAUGUUCACUGUGCAUAUGCUUAUGGAUAUCGAUUCGAACGAGUCUCUCGACAUGACCAUGUCGGUAUCUUAUCUACAGCUUGAUGAGGGCAGGCCACGGCCGUGGCUCCGCUCUGUAGCAAACCUUCAAUGCGAAGAAAUGCAAUGCAUCCCUCAUAUCAAGCAAUAAUUGUACGUACAAGACAGCAAAGUACAUGAUACCUAUAAGACUGAUUGAGUAUAACAACUCGGCUUUUUUGCUAUUCGGAGUUGAAGAGUUGCAGUGAGGAGCGGUUGAAACCCCGCCCCCGCCUCGGAGAGGAUCUUGAAUGAUAUGCCAUACUACCUACACACCUAGAUACCCAUGUAGUACAUAUGUACUUGUAAAU